AACACUUUCUCGUGCCGUGAGUUGAGGUCUAGCGGAUCCAUUUCUCUUCGACUGCGAGCAAGCGUUCCACACUCUGUCGUCUGUCGGACGCCUUUCACCGUUGUCAGCCUUGCGUGGUUGUUCUCGGGCAAGCAGUGAAGAAGAUUCAAACACUAGGGCCUUUAAUACUCCCAAAAUCCGGAAAGCUUGCUGGUUGAUGCAGUGCAAUGAUUGUGAUUUUGCUGAAGACUAAUUGUAGCUUUGCUCUGGCUCACAUUAGUACAAUUUGGGAAGAAAUUUACUUCUAUUUCUAUUUUUUAACAGAAAAUAAGCCUAGGCAUUUCUCCGAGUGCAGCUAAACAACCAUGAACAACAUCAAUCGCAGUACAUCACCUCAAACUCUGACUACGGAGAAAGCACAUUAUAGAUGGCCUCUUAUUCCUCUUUCUGUCCUUAUUAUUUUGGUUUCUUUCCUGCUUUUUUAUUACUACACUCUGUCUCUGACACCCUAUGGUAACUUUCCUGCAUCAUCCAAAAUAUUAAAAUCAAAGUCCAGUCGAUGUUCCAGCCAAGCACUAGCCUUAGGUGAGAAAUUCUUGUGGUAUGCACCCCACAGUGGGUUCGGUAAUCAGCUUUUGGAGUUUAAGAAUGCUAUUUUGAUGGCGGGAAUAUUAAAUCGAACUUUGAUUGUUCCUCCCAUUCUGGAUCACCAUGCUGUUGCUCUUGGUAGCUGUCCCAAGUUUAGGGUUUUGGAUCCUACGGAGCUCCGAAUUUCUGUUUGGGAUCACAUGAUUGAACUCAUUCAGGGUGGAAGGUAUAUUUCCAUUGCUGAAAUUAUAGACAUCUCCCCAUUAGUUUCUUCCUCACUGGUUCGUGUGAUUGAUCUCAGGGAUUUUGUGUCAAUAUGGUGUGGUAUCAGCUUAGAUUUAGCUUGCUUAAGUGAUUCAAAGGUUCAGUCCUCUUUCAAUUUCAGACAAAAGCAAUGUGGUUCCCUGUUAGCUGGGGUCCAUGGGAGUGUUGACAACUGUUUAUAUGCUGUCAAUGAAGAUUGCAGAACUACAGUAUGGACUCACCAUAGUGGUAGUGAGGAUGGAAUGUUAGAUUCGUUCCAACCUGAUGAGCAGCUGAAGAAGAAAAAGAAUGUAACAUAUAUUAGGAGACAUAGAGAUGUAUUCAAGACUCUUGGACCUGGUUCUGGGGCUGAAUCUUCCUCACUGCUUGCAUUUGGAAGCCUUUUUACAGCCCCAUACAAAGGUUCUGAGUUAUAUAUAGACAUCCAUGAACCUGUUCAGGACCAAAGGAUCCAAUCUUUGAUGGAGAAAACUAAAUUUCUUCCAUUUGUCUCGGAAAUUGUUAGUGCAGGAAGGGAGUUUGCAAAUGCUACCAUAAAGGCUCCAUUUCUUUGUGCACAACUGCGACUGUUAGAUGGGCAGUUCAAGAAUCACCGGAAGGCUGCAUUUCAUGGACUGAAACAAAAAUUAGAAUAUUUACAGCAGAAAGGUCCUCUGCCCAUACAUAUUUUCCUAAUGACUGAUCUUCCUGGAGAAAAUUGGGCUGACACUUACUUAGGUGAUCUAAUAAGUGAUUCACUUCACUAUAAGGUAUAUUUCUUGAGAGAGGAUGAUGAGCUGGUCAGACAAGCGUCCAAAAGGCUCAAGGAAGCUGGUUAUGAGCAGAGGUUUAUUCCAUAUUCGGAUAAGGCAGCUGAUAAAAAGUAUUGUUUGAAUCAGAAGUUACCUGAUGUACUUCUUUAUGUGGAGCAGACAGUAUGCAGCUGUGCGGCACUAGGCUUUGUUGGAACUGCUGGUUCAACUAUUUCCGAGAAUAUAGAGCUAUUAAGAAAAUUUGGCUUGUGCUCAGGUCAAAGUUGAUGGCUUUGUGCAAUUGGCUGGCAAAUUGUUAAAUUUUGUUCCCUUGAUGGAGUGCUAAUCUCAUCUGACCUUUGCACCUUAAAUCAUGUUGCUCCAGAAAGCCGCGUUUCUUGUCACUGCUCCCCAAAAUUUGGUGAUCAGUCUACAACGCUAAUCCAUAGUCAUUUGUCAAAGUCAAGAGAUGACACGAUGUCAAGGGCCUUGUCCGGAUUUUGAUUCAAUGAGAUCAUAUCAGUUUCGUCCCUGCCCUCCGUCUGUGAGUUGUGAAUAGAUGGCUAUAAUAGAUUCUUAUUGCUCUUUACUGAAUUCACCGCAUACUGAAUCCAAAUUUGCCUUUCCCCACGUUAGGUAUGAAUCUUCGCCAAGGUGCUUCUUGGUAUUUUGGUAGAAACUUGAGACUUUCUUGAAUUAAGAGAAACAAAUCCCCUCAGGUCAAUAGUCAGAAUACAGGAUGAUGAAUUACAGCAGAAAAAUAUGGAAACAAAGAUGAAAAUGACUCUCUUUCGAGAGGAUAGAGUUUAUCUACCCAAUUGUGUUAGUUCUUCACGAGAAAAUUCUCCAACCAUUUUCAAACAAAACAAAUAUUAGUGACUCAAACUCAAUAUGAAUUUUGCUAUGAUAAAUAAAAGUUCAGUUUUUAGCGGACUUAUUUCCUAUUCAUCUUUAAA